AACAACCAACCGCGGCCCUCUGUCCCAGUGUGAACGGACUGAAUGGAGUGAACUAAAGACUAGAUUUGAAUAUCCCGCCCUGCCAGCGGACUCCUCCGAGCUCCGCCGAGGCGGAGAGUCACACCGCUCUCCCCUCCUGCACAGUCAGUAGUGCGUCUGGAAGCUCCGCUGACACGGUUCUCCGAAAGCGAACUAUCACGGGAACACUUAAAGGCAACUUCGGUGUGUCACACAGCUUCGUUUUACACCCAGGAACCGAGGCAGAAGUGUUUUCCUUUCCACGAGCGUUUUAUCCAUUUCCCCCCCUUUUUUUCCUGGACAUGUGUCGCUUGUGGAACUAGGAGCGGACAGCGCUGCACACCGAAGCCGGGAUGAGUGGGAGCUCCGCGGUGUCCGGCACGGCGCCCUGCCGCUUCGCCCACUACUUUGUUAUUUGUGGGAUAGACACAGAAACUGGACUGGAACCGGACGAAUUAGCAGCUUUGUACCAAUGGCUAGAAGCAGACCGCCAAGGCAGGGAUCCUGAUGCUGCAGCCACAGGUGAAAACUUUGAGCAGAGCCCCCUGAAGAGGACCUUCAAGUCCAAAGUUCUGGCACGCUACCCUGAGAAUGUGGAGUGGAACCCCUUCGACCAGGAUGCCGUCAACAUGCUGUGUAUGCCUAAAGGCCUGUCGUUCAGGACACAGGCGGACCAGCGUGACCCACAAUACCACUCCUUCAUCAUCACGAAGGAGGAUGGCUCGCGGACCUACGGCUUCGUCCACACCUUCUACGAAGAGGUGACCAGCCCACAGAUCUGCUCUGCCAUGCAGACCCUCUACCAGAUGCACAAUGCAGAGCACGCCUCCGCCAACCCCCCUUCCUCCUCCUCCUCCUCAUCAUCCUCCUCUUCCAGCAUGGACUCUCUGGCCAGCAGUUUAGAUGAGGCUGACUCCCCCACCUCUUCAUCUUCAUCCCGCAGGGCGGGUGGCUAUGACUCAUCCCGGGACACCCUCUACGUGUCCAAGGCCUUGUGUCUGAUUGCACCCAUGCCCUUCAUGCACGCCUGCCGCCGCUUCUUGUCGCAGCUGCACAAGGCUGUUACCUCGGCCACUGCCCCCCCGCUGCCGCUAGAGAGCUACGUUCACAACAUCCUGUACGAGGUGCCGCUGCCCGCUCCGGGGCGCUCUCUCAAGUUCCACGGUGUGUACGAGCCCAUCAUCUGCCAGAGACCUGGGCUGGGGGAGCUGCCGCUGGCUGACUUCCCCCUCGCAGAAGCCUUUACGCUGCUGGGAGUGGAGAACCUGGUCCAGGUGUUCACCUGCACCCUGCUGGAGAUGCAGAUCCUGCUGUACUCACAAGACUACCAGCGGUUGAUGACAGUGGCCGAAGGCAUCACCACCCUGCUGUUCCCCUUCCAGUGGCAGCACGUCUACGUUCCCAUCCUGCCCGCCUCUCUCCUCCACUUCCUGGAUGCUCCUGUUCCCUACCUGAUGGGCCUGCAGUCCAAAGAGGGCACCGACCGCUCCAAACUGGAGCUUCCCCAGGAGGCCAACCUAUGUUUUGUGGACAUUGACAACCAUUACAUCGAGCUUCCAGAGGACUUCCCCCACUUCCCCAACAAGACCGAGUUCAUCCAGGAGCUCAGCGAGGUGCUGCUUAGUUUUGGCAUACCCACCAACACAGGAGCUCCACCACGGACCCGCUCCAGUCCCGGCAGUACUCCCGGCAGCGCCCCUUCAACCCCUGGCAGGGAGCGCAAGACUGUCGCUCUCCGGCAGCUGGAAGACGAUGGGCGUAACGGCAACCUGGCUGGGGAGGAGCUGGCUGUGCUGGAGCUGCUGCAGGGAAACGCCACCCUUGAGAGACUGCAGGCGCUCACCAAACGCACUGGGGUGACGGUGGCCCGCGUGGAUGCCCUGAGAGCCGGAGUCAAAGCUCAGAGCAUUGAGGGGCAAGGGGGCAGGACAGCGGCUGAAGAGGAGGAGCUGAAGAACGCCAAGCUGAACGUCCAGCUGAGGGAGGUGUUCGCCAGCCGCUUCACCACCAUGUUUGCAGACUACGAAGCCUUUGUCAUCCAGAGCGCCCCAGACCUGGAGUCCUGGCUCACUAACAGGGAGCAGAUGCACAACUUCGACAAGGCCUCGUUCCUGUCUGACCAGCCGGAGCCCUACCUGCCCUUCCUCUCCCACUUCAUCGAGACACAGAUGUUCGCCACCUUCAUCGACAACAAGAUCAUGUCCCAGUGGGAGGAGAAGGAGCCACUGCUCCGAGUCUUUGACGCUCGCAUCGACAAGGCCCGCCUCUACAACGUCCGUGCUCCCAGCCUCCGAUCUUCCAGCUACCAGAGGUGCUCCAUCCUCAAGGAGUCUGCUCAGGCCAUCGAGCAACGACUGAUGAAGAUCGACCACACCGCCAUCCACCCGCACCUGUUGGACAUGAAGAUCGGUCAGGGCAAAUACGAGCAGGGAUUCUUCCCCAAACUGCAGGCCGACGUGCUCAACACGGGGCCGACCAACAACAAGUGGUCUCAUAGGACAGCAACAGCUCAGCGAAGGAAAGACCGCCACAGACAGCAAACAGAGCACCUUACCCUCGACAACGACCUGAAAGAGCAGGUGGAGGGCUGUCUGGUCCUGCAGAACUCCAUGGCGUUUUGGGAGUGGGACAAUGCGUCCCUUCCGCCUAUCAAACCUCCUAAAAAAUCUGCCUCUGCAUCCUGUCUGAAGUACAUGCAGGAGGCCCGUAGCCUGGGGAAGAACCUUCGACAGCCCAAACUGUCUGAUCUGUCUCCUGCCGUCAUCGCCCAGACCAACUGGAAGUUUGUGGAGGGGCUGCUGAAGGAGUGUCGCAUGAAGACCAAGCGUAUGCUGGUGGAGAAGAUGGGCCGGGAGGCAGUGGAACUGGGCCACGGUGAGGCCAACAUCACCGGACUGGAGGAGAACACUCUGAUCGCCAGCCUGUGUGACCUGCUCGAGAGGAUCUGGAGCCACGGGCUGCAGGUCAAACAAGGGAAGUCGGCCCUGUGGUCCCAUCUGCUGCACUACCAGGCCCGAGAGGAGAAGCUGGAGCAGCAGGCAGAGUCACCAGUGUCACAUGUUCCUGAGAGGAGGAAGUCCGAUUGUUCCAUAGCGAUGCCGUCUCUUCGCGUGUCUCUCAUACAGGAUAUGAGGCAUAUCCAGAGUAUGUCAGAGAUAAAGACGGAUGUGGGACGAGCGAGAGCCUGGAUCCGCCUGUCCCUGGAGAAGAAGCUCCUCUCUCAGCACCUCAAACAGCUGCUGUCCCGACAAGCCUUAACUAAGAAGCUGUACAAGCGUUAUGCCUUCCUGCGCUGUGAGGAGGAGAAGGAGCAGUUCCUCUUCCACCUGCUCUCUCUCAACGCAGUCGACUACUUCUGCUUCACCAGCGUCUUCACCACCAUCAUGAUCCCGUACCGAGUCGUCAUCAUCCCUAUCAAGAAGCUGAGCAACGCCAUGACCACCUCCAACCCCUGGGUGUGUGUGUCAGGAGAGCUGGGAGACUCGGGCAUCAUGCAGAUUCCCAAGAACGUCCUGGAGAUGACCUUCGAUUCUGCUUUCAGGCCUCACACGCACAUCUCCGCCUUGUUCAAGUGUCAGAACCUGGGGAAGCUGACCACCGUGCAGCUGGGUCAUGAUAAUGCUGGACUCCUGGCUAAAUGGCUGGUGGACUGUGUAAUGGUGCGCAACGAGAUCACAGGACACACCUACAGGUUUCCAUGCGGCCGGUGGCUCGGUAAGGGCGUGGACGACGGCAGCCUGGAGAGGGUCUUGAUCGGUGAGCUGGUGGUGCCCAGCGGAGAGGAGGAUUCUGGGAGAGGCUGCCGCACUCCCCCGCUGCAACGCUCGCCAUCCCAGACCAGACGCAUCAGCAUCACAUCUCUAUCAGGACGAGGAUACAAACUGACUUCAGGCCAAAUUCAAGAGGCCAUCGGGGAGGCUGUGAACAACAUCAUCAAACAUUUCCACAAGCCAGAGAAAGAGAGAGGCAGCCUGACCGUCCUGCUGUGUGGAGAGAACAGCUUGGUGGCAGCUCUGGAACAGUUCUUCCAUCAUGACUUCAAGUCUGCCCGGCUCUUCCAGAAGACCGUGUUUGUGUGGGACUUUGUGGAGAAAGCUGUUGCCUACAUGGAGUCAGCUGACCAGAUGGGGGACCUUCAGGAGACGGCAGAGCCCCUGGGGAUGACCUGUCAGUCACUCUGUCACUAUGUCAACGCCAUCAACUCCACCCCCAGGAACAUUGGCAAGGAUGGGAAGUUCCAGCUGCUGGUCUGCCUCGGAGCCAGAGACCGUCUGCUGCCCCAGUGGCUCCCCCUGCUGGUGGAGUGCCCGGUGAUCCUGCGGAUGUACGAGGACACGGCCCUGCUCAGAGACCGCACCACUGUCAACGCCCUCAUCGGAGUCCUGGAGACGCUCCACGACUUCCCCAUUACACUGGAAGCCUCGCUGGUCAAAGGCAUCGACCUUUAACCCCAGGAUGGACCAACAGGCUGCCACAUGUCUACAUCCCCCUCACUACCACCAACUUCACCCACUCUUCCACUUGUAGCCAGUUACCUCUGGGAUUGAGGAGAGGGAGAGAGGACGUGAGGGACAAGAAAUUAAAACUGACGAGGGGUUUGGUUACCAAAGCAAAAAGUUCCACUGCUUCAUGUGAGAGACAUCAGGGCUUUGGAUGCAGUAUUAUUACCCCACCUGUGGCUCUGAAAGACCCUUUUUAAUGAAAUUACAACCAGUGCUUAGUCACGUUUUAAUUCAUUAACUACAAAUACUUCACAUUACAGUUUUCCAGAACAUGCCAUUAGCUUUCAGGUUGAUUUCCUGCCUUUCAUGCAGCCUAUGGUUACACUGCUUUUCAUUACACUAAACGUGAAGCAACAUAAAGCUUGCUGGAGAAAUGCAAUCCGUAACAGUAUUUUUUAUUUUUUUCUCAUCAUCAUCAAAUCCCAUUCCAUACCCUGACACAGUGCUUGGAAGGAAGGAAAUUAAUCUGGAUAAUUUAAAGUGCGCUGAAAGUUGCAAACACACACUGAUAUAAAGAUAAACAGGAUGAAAGACUGCAAAACCACCCGUGUGGUUCUUUAAAAUGUUAGUAGCAGCAGCAGUAGACAUGUGCCUGUGUGCUAGCUGUCUAGCCUAGCCCUCCUUCGGUAGGUACAACUAGAUGCGUUAUAAACUCUCUCUCUUUGCUUGUAACUGGUGAGUACAGCGCCACUACCCCCACACCCUAGUUAGCGUUAGCAAGCAUGCCUGCGGGAUGUGGAAAGAAGAGACGACCUCAGGAAGAGAGACUGAGUGAUCGCUGACACACUGGAACCAGGAUUAUGGCAAAGAUGGCGAUGUGACCCUCUUUCUUUUAAUUCUCUGGACUCGCGUUGGGCAUUUUCUCCGCUUUUAUCCUGUGGAUGAGUCUCAGUGAUGCAGUUCAGAGUCAGGAGCCUUACCUGUGGCUGCAUGGACAUUCCUACCAAACUACAGGCAUGGACCUGGCUGUUCUAAAUGCUGUGUCUGACUAUGUGUGUGUGUGUGUGUGUGUGUGUGUGUGUGUGUGUGUGUGUGUGUGUGUUUGAGUGUGUGUCACAUUUCAAGGAUGUAUGUGCUCUGGUGUGUUUGCCCUCAAUUUAUUUUUAUAUCUUCCAAUUUAAAGUUUUCAAAGUGAUCAACUGGUUUCUGUAGUGUACUGUAAUACUUGUGUGUGUGUGUGUGUGUGUGUGUGUGUGUCCUGGUAAGAGUGUGUGAUUCAUGUUCUAAUUAGUUUGCCAAUAUCGUCACUUCAGGAACAGCUAAAUAAAAAAAUUCAACCAAAUAAUCCGAACUGAAGGUCCACUCCGCUUUUUCCAGUGCUCUCAACCGCAUUGUGUCACACGAUGUAAGUAGGGAAGUUUGUGGUUGAAAGCUCUGGCAAAGGCUAGAAAGUGGACCUUGGGCUCAGAUUUUUUUGUCAAACUACCAUUCCCAAGAUCAAGAUUGAACUUUUACACAAGCAAGCUAAAUGUUCCUGUCUACUAACGGAACAUAUAAUGCACCAUUCAUGUCAUAUGGCAUGUGGAACUACAAGCUCCCAACCUUGAAAUUGAGAAAAUUCCAGGUCAUAAAUACAGAUUGUCAACCAGGAGGUCAGAAAUCUCAAUUCUUUACUUUCUGCUAGAUGAAAAAUAGGAAAUGUCCCUUUAAAUCCAGACAUUCAUUCGGACGUUCUUUCUUAAAUCCUGCUUCACAAUGUGACAUCAGUGCAUUCAUGUUGUAUGCAACAAUGUGUGUGACCCUUUCUAGAUUGAUUUUCAUCAGGAAUAGUUCAACAUUAUGGAAAAUGAACUCUUCCUUCUAGAAGGAGAGAUAAGAAGAUUGACAUCCAGCUCGUGUGUGUGUGUGUUAGGAGUGUUAGGAGCUGGAGGCAGGACGUGGUUAGCUUAGCUUAAGAAGUAGUCACUGUGCCUGUCUGACUGUUGUCUGCCAAGAAAUUGUUCCAGUAUUUUCGUCCUCCUUAAACUUUCAGAUUUCUGUUUAUACACAGGUUAAAAACCAGAUGUGUUAUGUAUCUAACACAUCUUUAAAGUUGUUCCUGUGCAUAUUGCCCCUGCUUCCAGUCUUUACACUAAGCUAGGCUAACCACAUCCUGACUCCAGCUCUGUAUGGAAUGCACAGACAUGAUCCAUCUUUUGAAUUCACUCUUGGAAAGAAAGCAAAAAAACAUACUGAACUAUAUAUAAGUUUGUUAAAGCUGUACAAUGACAAUUGUCUGGUGCAAACUAACAAUAUAGAGCAAGUGUCAGAGUUCAAACUGAUGAAGGUGUUUAAUGUGCAGGUUGUGGAAAGGUAUAAUAGCUGGAGUAAUGACAUUCUAAAGGAUAAGGUUGGAGUUAUCCUGUAUUCUUUGUUGUCAACAUUUCACAUAUGAAGUUUCUUAAUACUUUAUUACUUCCCUACCCUGGUUGUAAAAGUCUUUCAAACCACAUCCCAAGUAUAUAGUUUAAUUUAAAAGGCUCAGUCAUUUUGUGAAGCAGCUGGUCACUGUAGUUUUUUACAAACUUCACUCAAACAGGAGGAAAUAGUGCAUCUUUAGGGGACUAUUUUCAGUGGAUAAUUCCAGAGUUGGUUCACAAGUGGGCAUUUACUGCCCUAGGGUUGUUUGUUUUUGGGGUAUUUCUGUGGGAUUUGUUGACAAUAAAAAAAACUACAGAAUAUUAGCCUUUUCCUUUGAAUUAAGUUUUAGUUUAAAAUGGAUUCAUUUAAGAUCUGUGUGACGCUACAAGCUAGCUGUUCUAACUGUUAAUUCCCAUAUUACAUGAAAGCAACACAACCUCUAUCAGGUAUAAAAGCAAGGAACAGGCUCUAUGUUUUCAUCUAUGAUAUUAAGGAAUUAAAUUGAACCCCCUUCUCCUCCAAACACACAAACUGCCAACAGAACCGUGUGGAAACUCUAAUAACUAUUGUUCUCAGACGGAUUUUUAUUCCCCCAUUAAACUUUUGCUGCAUGAGAGAUUUUGCCACUGUUGCCACUUACCGCUGUCUAAAUAAACCCUUUCUGAGGAGUGGUGUAAAUAUUCUCAUUAGUGCAUGUUGAGAUUUAGACUGAGCUGUAUUUAUUGUGACCCUCUCUAAUUAACGCUAGAUGAGUUUUGAUAGGACAAAAAGUGGACAUCUUUGCAACCCCAGUUCCCCGUAGUAUGUUCACUGUUCCCUGUAUUGAGUCUGUGAAGGACGCAGCCUGUCAUGGUUUGUUUUGAAUGUCUUGAUUUCGUGUAUUUAUUAAUUUAGUAUUAAUCCGCGGCAGGCUGACAGCAGCACUGGUAUUUUAAUGUUGGUGAAGCCUGUGGAAUAACUGGAAACAUUCAUGUCUUUAAAACGGAAACCACUAUUUCCACUUCAUGUGUUUUUAUCGUGUUUUAACCUCUGUGCUCCUGCUGCUGUGCCCCCUGAUCCCUCACCUACAGGACUACCCACAGCUCCAAAGCACAGUAACGGAUUCCUCUGUCUCGUCCUGGAUUUGUUUGUGUACAAAGUCUUUGCUGGACUGACUUCUUGGAGGCUUUGGGGACGAUUGAAAGUCCUCCGUAGACUACUGCACAUUUUGCUUACUGGGUGGAUUUGUUACAUGAACGUGUCGUGUGACGAGUGGUAUUAUUAACCCUGAGUGGAUCUGCUCAAACAGGAAACAGGAAAUGUGACAGCCAUGGCAGCGGUGGCUGCAUUUCCUGCUGCUGGCAAGAUCGCCACCGGACAAAUAGAGUCUUGUCUGUGUUGGACUGACUACUCUGUUCUGAUAUUUAUUAUGCCUAUUUCAAUAAAAGCACCCACUGUA